GUCUGUGUAUACAUUUCCGGUGACGUCAAAUUGUUGUCUACCACAAAAUGUCAGACGAUAAGGUCACUAAAAAAUCGAAGUGGAGCGAAGGGGAGGUUAUUUUGUUGGUGGAGGAGGUUACCGGGAAUGAGAAAUUGGGGAGAAAGUUUAGCCCGGACAACACAGCAGUUGAUAGGACCAGGUUUUGGUCUGAAACUACUAAAAAAAUCAAUGCUGUUGGAGGAAAGGAGAGGAAUGUAAAGCAGGUAGAGAAGAAAUGGAGAGAUCUUAAGAGCCAAACAAAAUCAAGGGAAGUGAAGAGGCGGACAGAGGCCAAGAAGACAGGUGGGGGAGUAAGCGAAGCGCCAUGUCUGUCAUCUUUGGAAGAGAAGAUACUUGGUACUCUACCAUCUUGUUCUUUGGAUGGAAUUCCUGGUGGGAAAGAUUCGAGUCUUGAUUCCAGUAUGCAUGAUGACAGUAAUUCCGAGACAAAUUUGAAUGAGAUUUUACAGACAAGAUCAGAUGGAGAAAGAAUGUUCCACCAAAAGGUACAGGAAACUAUUUCAGUGAAAGCUGCUGAAAAAGCUAAAGAUUCAUCACGUCAACCUGAUUUAGCAUUUUCGAAGAGUACGGCAGUAACUGGGAAGAGUUUACAGAAGAGAGCAAUAAGUGGAACUGAGGAAUUUAUUUACAAGAUGGAGGAGAAGAAAGUGGCGGAGUUACAGUUAAUUAACAAAACGCUCUCCAGUAUUGACAGCAGUUUGAAAGAACUUGUUGCAAUAAAAAAAAAGAAAUUAGAAACUGAGAUUGAGAGCAACUUUUUGCACCAGUUUGAAUUUUAAACAUUGAUAAAUCUUUAAUACUUUGAAAUCAAAGGAAAAGCUUGUUAACACUAGAUAUCACAAUUUUGGCCCAAUCUUAAUGAAACUUGCUUAGAAUUUUACCCUUAAUAACAUCUUGGACGAGUAUUAUAUUGGGUUAUCUUGACUCAGAAACUAGGUCACCAGGUCAAAUCAAAAUGAAAGCUUGUUAACAAUCAAGAGGUCACACUUUUGGCCCAAUCUUAAUGAAACUUGGUCAGAAUGUUACCCUCAAUAAAAUCUUGGAUGAGUUCGAUAUUGGGUUAUUUGGGGUCGAAAACUAGGUCACCAGGUCAAAUCAAAGGAAAAGCAUCUUAAAACACUGUAGAGGUCACAUUUAUGACUGUAUCUUCAUGAAACUAAGUCAGAAUGUUAAUCUUGAUGAUCUUUAGGUCAAGUUUGAAUCUGAGUCAUGUUGGGUAAAAAAUUAGGUCAUUGUGUCAAAUCAAAGGAAAAGCUAGUUAACACUUUAGAGGCCACAUUUAUGACCAUAUCUUAAUGAAACUUGGUCAGAAUGUUAAUCUUGAUCUUUAGGUCAAUAGGCCAGUUGAGCGAUACAGGGCUGUAAACAUUUAGCUUCUGUAUGUGAUAGAGGCUGUAUUUUUAACUUGAUCUUCCUGAAAUUAGGUCAGAAUGAUUGCCUUGAUGCUAUGUAGGUAGUAUUUAAUAAAUAUGGUAGUCUGGGAUCAAAAGCUAGGUCAAAUCAAACAGGAACCUUUUGUAUGUGAUAGAGGCUGUAUUUUUAGCUCACCUGUCACAUAGUGACAAGGUGAGCUUUUGUGAUCACGCAGCGUCCAUCGUCCAUCCAUCCGUGCGUAAACUUUUGCUUGUGACCACUCUAGAGGUCACAUUUUUUGUGGGAUCUUUAUGAAAGUUGGUCAGAAUGUUCAUCUUGAUGAUAUCAAGGUCAAGUUCAAAAGUGGGUCAUGUGCCUUCAAAAAGUAGGUUAGUAGGUCAAAUAAUGAAAAAAACGUUGUGACC